AUGGCCCCAGGAAAUCUCACAUGGGUGACUGACUUCAUUCUCAUGGGAGUCUCAGACCGUCCGGAGCUCCAGGUCCCCCUUUUCUUUGUCUUCCUGGUGAUCUAUGGGCUGACCGUGGCAGGCAACCAUCAUUGUCCUAAAAUGCUGGUCAACUUCUUGUUUAAGAUGAAAACUAUCUCUUACUACUGUUGUGGAGCUCAAUUUGGUAGAUUUAUAGUUUUUGUUGUGGCAGAGAUUUUCAUACUGGCCACAAUGGCCUAUGACCGCUAUGUGGCCAUUUGUAACCCCUUUCUCUACAUGGUAGUGGUAUUUCGGCAAAUCAGGCUCCUGCUAGUAUCUCUCAUAUACCUCUACAUUCUGACCAUAGCACUGACUGUCUCUUCCUGUGUAUUUCCUGUAUCAUAUUGCUCUUCCAAGGUAAUCAACCAUUUUUACUGUGAUAAUGUCCCUUUGUUAGCCUUGUCCUUUUCCGAUACUUACAUUCCAGAAAUAGCAGUGUUUACCUUUUCAGGGAUCAAUUUGUUUUUCUCCAUGAUCAUUUUUCUAAUAUCCUACUUUAACAUUACCCUUGCCAUUUUGAGGAUACGGUCCUCAGAGGGGAGAGAAAAAACUUUUUCCACCUGUGCUUCUCACAUGAUGGCGGUCACUGUGUUCUAUGGGACUCUCCUUUUCAUGCAUUUGCAACCAAGGACCAACCAUGCAUUAGAUACUGAUAAAAUGGCCUCCGUCUUUUACACUCUAGUGAUACCAGUGCUGAAUCCCCUCAUUUACAGCCUAAGGAACAAAGAUGUGAAGAUGCACUGA